CAAACAUAUAUAUAAUGAAUGACUUUGAAAAUGAAUCAAUAAUUACAAAAAAUUCUAGUGUAUUAACCUAUACCUCUAAACUAUCAACCUCACAGAAGCCAUGGGCCAUGAAAACAUCACGGAAUUUAUCCUCCUGGGACUUUUUAGUGAUGAGGGCACAAAGGCUGCCUGCUUUGUACUGUUCUCACUUUGCUACAUUGCCAUUCUCUCAGGAAACCUGCUCAUUUUCCUUACCAUCAAGGGCAGCCACCUCAGUGAGCAGCCCAUGUACUUUUUCCUCAGCUACCUGUCCUUCAUGGAUGUCUGCUUUACCUCCACGGUAGCCCCAAAGCUGAUCACGGACUUGCUGGUCCAGCAGAAGACCAUCUCCUAUAACAGCUGCUUGGCCCAGAUGUUUUAUGCCCACUUCUUUGGCACCACUGAGAUCUUCAUUUUGGUAGCCAUGGCCUAUGAUCGCUAUGCAGCCAUCUGCAGACCCCUUCACUACGUGGUCAUCAUGAGCAGACAGGUGUGCUAUGUCCUGGUGAUGGCCUCUAUUAUGGGAGCAUUUAUCCAUUCCAUCCUGCAAGUACUGAUUAUUAUCAAACUUCCUUUCUGUGGUCCCAAUCAGAUAGACCACUAUUUCUGUGAUGUAUUCCCACUGCUGAAGCUGGCCUGCACAGACACUAGUUUGCCGGUCAUUGUGAUCGUCGCCACCACAGGGGUGUUGUCCAUUUUGACCUUUGUUGCCUUGGUUAUUUCUUACAUCAUCAUCCUGUUAACCCUGAGGACCCGCUCCUCUGAGGGUCGCCGCAAAGCCCUCUCCACCUGUGGCUUGCACAUCACUGUGGUGUUCAUGUUCUUCUUGCCCCUCAUCUUCACCUAUGUCCCCACAGCUGAUUCUGUCAGUGAUGACAAGGUGUUUGCCCUAUUUUACACUAUGAUUGCUCCCAUGUUCAACCCCCUCAUCUAUACACUGAGAAACACAGACAUGAAGAAAGCCAUGAAGAAAGUGUGGUACCGAAGCAAGCUGUUUGAAGGGAAAUGA